UCAAUCGUACGGCAUCGGAAUCAAAGAACCUCUUCAGCUAAAUUCAUUUCACUGCUUCUCAAAGCUUUUGGUAUCAAAUCAAAACCCAACCCUCUUUAUUCUCAUUCGAUUAAGAACAGGGUGGAAGUUUGUCGGAACCAGGAGUCCUUCUCUCUCUACACAUAUAUCAUCGAUAGAUAUAUAUAAACAUACAUAGAGAUAGAAAAGUGAGUGUAUAGUGGCGAUAGAUGGUGAGGAUUAUACCUAUGGCGUCGUCCAUUCGUCCUCUCUCCUCUUUCAGAUUUUCAGGUAUCUCUCGCUUGGGUGUUUCUCUCUCCUCGUGUAGCCCCUCUCGGAGGAUCAGUUUCUCUCAUCUCGGCAGUGCGGUCCCACAGUCACAGUUUUUUGGCCUAAAGGCUUCUAAGUUGUUAAGAGGAGAGGGACAUGGAAUGUCAGUCGGCACAGCUGGAAACAUUGCACAUGCAAGCACUGCCACUACCCAAGAAAAUGCCCUAGAGUGGGUCAAAAAGGACAAGAGAAGAAUGCUCCAUGUUGUUUACCGUGUUGGGGAUUUGGAGAGGACAAUAAAAUUUUACACGGAGUGCCUUGGGAUGAAGCUUCUGCGGAAACGUGACAUACCAGAGGAGAGAUACACAAAUGCAUUUCUUGGAUAUGGUCCAGAAGAUUCUCACUUUGUUAUUGAACUCACUUACAAUUAUGGAGUUGACAAGUAUGAUAUUGGAUCUGGUUUUGGCCAUUUUGGUAUUGCAGUUGAGGAUGUUGCAAAGACCGUGGAUCUCAUAAAGGCCAAGGGCGGCAAAGUCACCCGGGAACCCGGUCCUGUCAAAGGUGGCAGUACAGUAAUUGCGUUUGUUGAAGAUCCCGAUGGUUAUAAGUUUGAACUUCUGGAAAGAGGACCUACCCCUGAGCCACUGUGUCAAUUGAUGCUUCGAGUUGGUGAUCUUGAUCGUUCUAUAAAUUUUUAUGAGAAGGCUUUUGGCAUGGAGCUUCUUCGAAAACGAGACAACCCUGAAUACAAGUAUACGAUAGCAAUGAUGGGCUACGGCCCUGAAGAUAAAAAUGUUGUGCUGGAGUUGACUUACAACUAUGGGGUCACUGAGUAUGACAAAGGAAAUGGUUAUGCUCAGAUAGCAAUAGGCACAGAUGAUGUCUAUAAAACUGCGGAAGCAAUUAAGCUCUAUGGUGGGAAGAUUACCCGAGAACCUGGACCCUUACCUGGUAUCAGCACCAAGAUUACUGCAUGUGUAGAUCCUGAUAGUUGGAAAACGGUUUUUGUUGAUAAUAUUGAUUUCCUGAAGGAGUUGGAGUGAAUUUUGGAAAGUCAUUGAUACCAAGCUUGCAACAAUGGAGCCUGCGCAGAGACUUUUGACGGUUGAUCAAUUAAAGCUUCAUUGGUGAUCAAUCCGAUUAUUUCGAGUAGUCCUCAUCAGAGAAUGUACUAAAUCCCAUUUUUGUAGAUAAAAGUACAAUGACUAUUGCAGUAACCAGCGUAAUAAGCUUCUUGUCAUAGCUGGACUGCAUUGUAGAAAGGCUGAGAUGUAUUUAUCUGUUUAUUUAUUUAUUUUCUUGCUCCAUUUGUUUCCAUGGAAACAUUUCUUCCCAACAAUGACAUCCUAAAGCAAAAGAAAUGAAAAAAAGGUUUAACUAGCUACA